AUAAUGGCAAAUGAACAUCACCAACAUCAGUUUAACGAGAGGAUCGGGAACCACAGUUGCUAUUAAUUUUUGUCUUUGCAGUGCAUGUAGGAUAAGCUGACUGCUUUGUGAUUGGUUGCUUCUCGGUGACCCUGUUGCUGCCUAACAGUGAACAGUUAGCGGGAAUUGUUAUUUUGAGUUAACAGAUACUUUGCUUGACUCUUGUUGACACAGUGAUUCUAUUGGACUUCUAUUUUGAUACAGUUUACUUUUUUGGUUGUCGUGUAAAUACAAGCGAAUCGCCAACAGAUUAGCUAUUUCUUGUUUCUCACCAAAGCCAUGGCGUGUAUACAAGAAGUUAGAAUUUCACAGGAUACUCAACUGUUGCCUAAUCAGGUUCUGUCAGAGCAGCAGUCCUUGGUUGUUGUAAAGAAGCUUCUGGCCAUCGCAGUGUCCGGCAUUACUUACCUCCGGGGACUUUUCCCAGAGAAAGCCUAUGGGAGCAAAUAUGUUGAAGAUCAGAAAGUGAUGAUUCUCAGAGAGGAGCGCAGCUGUCCCGCUGCUAGUCAGGUUGUUCAGUGGAUACUGGGAUGCUUUGAGGCCAUCCAGAAGAAAUAUCUGCGGACAAUUAUUAUGUCUAUCUACACUGACCCAGAGAAUCCCCAGAAAGUGACUGAGUUUUACCAGUUUAAGAUCCAGUACACUGCAGAAGGAACACAGAUGGACUUUGAAAGCAACAACAACAACAAUAAGGCGUCGACCCUGCCUUGUGGCAACACCAAGAAAGCCAGCAUCCUGCUGGUGAGGAAGCUCUACACGCUGAUGCAGAUCCUUGGUCCUCUGCCAGACAGUGUGGGCCUCAACAUGAAGCUGACCUAUUAUGACAGUGUCACCCCUCAGGACUACCAACCACCAGGCUUCAAGGAGGCUGAUGGUGGCAGCAUGGAGUUUGAGAGGGAGCCUGUCAGACUGACCAUGGGCGAGGUGGUCACCCCCUUCCACAGUGUGAAGUUGGACAUGGCCACAGAGAGACGAAGACUGGAGCAGGUGGAGGAGAAUGUGGAUGUGACGGAGAAGUGGAUUCUGAAGAUUGAGGAGGAUGGCGGCCUGUCACAGAGCCAUGUGACUGAAGAUGUGGAGAAGCCCGACAAAGAGAACAUAGACCUGGAUAAUUCUGAAAUCCAGCUGAGUUGUAAUAAGAUCGAGAGAAGUAAGGAAGUCACAAAGAUGUCCACUCUGGUGAAGAAGACCUCUGACAUGGAGGUGGACCUGAAGAGGACCAGAAGUGGGCGGAUCAUCAGGUCCAUUACGGAUUCAAACCUGACUGUGAGCAGCAACAAACCGAAGAAUAAAAUGCUUUCUCAGUUUGACAUCCCCGACAGCCAGGAAACGCCAUCCACCUCUGCACCUGAGAAAAAGCGCAAAUUCAGCGAGCCCAAAGAACGCUACUGACCUCACACCCCCCUGUAAAUACAGUAGCACUGCUUUAUUGAUUUAUGUUCUAAAUUGCAAAACUGAAGAAAAAAUAGAGAAAGUUAAGUAGCUGUUUUUUCCCUCCUUUUGACAAUGUUUUAGCAGUAGUUUGUCACAUAACUCAAUGUAUAGUUCAUUGAAUGGAAUGCAGAUGUUAAAGGUUUUGCUACUAUUUAAUAUCAUUCAUAAAGUUGGAACACUUAAGUAUGUUUAUCUUGCUUUUUAUUUUACCUGUGUACAAAGCUAGUUCACUGAAUAAAAUUUGAAAAACUGCAUUUAAA